CAAAUGCGUUCUGCAGUGAGAGGUGUCGGUAGAAACUCUGUUUGAAAGAAAGGAACGAUGACACCGGAGCAGAGCUGACGUUCACAGGCUGGAGAGAUUCUGAACAAUCUGAAGGUUUAACUCUUCCAAAAACAAGACAAACGCUGCUGUUUGAAAAUGUAUGGAAACACUGGGCCAUUCUCCUAUUCCCCAAGGGGUUUCUCACCGGAGGACCUCCCUCAACAGAGGCGGGCUUUCCAACAGGAUGAUGUCAAGGGUUCUCCACUGCAGAGAAACGGCAUAUCCAGACCCAGUGGAAGACACAUAUACAUGCAGAGAAAAGAGUACUCUGAGUCGCUGAACAGACAACCCGACAACUUUCACGUCAGAGUGGAGCAUCUGUUCACCUGUGAGCUGGACGGCCAGGAGGUGAAGACAGUGGACAACUGUGUGUCCAAGCUCAAGAGGCUGGAUGCCAAAGGUCGCCUGUGGCCACAGGAGAUGAUCAUGGAGGUUCAGGGAGGAUAUCUGAUGCUCAGCGACAUUGAGACCAAGACAGAGCUGGAGUCUGUGCCUUUGAGUAGCAUCACGCAAACCAAAGCUGUAUUGGACAGCUGCGCCUACAACUCUGUGCUGGCGAUAACUGUGCAGGAACGCAGCAAACGCAUCCCUCAGGUCUUCAUGUUCCAGUGUGAGGAGACCGGGGCGCCGUUCAUCAAGGGCGAUCUGGAUAAAGCAAUCCGGAAAGGAGGAGCUGAUGCGCAGCCACGCAAAGACAAAUUUGACAUAAGGAGUGAUCUUGAAAACAUCAUCGGGCAACACGCUCCGGGAAGUUUCCGGCAGGCUGGGCCUCGACUUGUGCAGCAAGAGAUGACCCCGCCACCACCGGACCACCCGCCCCCACAGUGGGGCAGCAGAGAACCAGAGAGUUUCCCUCCCCUGCGGGUCGACACCCCACAAGAGGAAAUACUGCAUCAUCCGGAUCUUCAUGACUUAGGGAGCGGCCCAGAGGUGGCCCGUGAGCAAACAGACACAGACAGGAACACGGACAUAUUAAACCAUGUUCUAAGUGAUUUGGAGAUCUUCCUGGCCAAAGUGUCUGAGACAGCAAAUGCACCAUCACUGCAAAGUGAGAAGAACAAGAAGAAAAACUUGUUUAAGAAGAAAAAAUCAAAGAAAAAUGCACCAGCUUCCAGUCUGCCGUCGUGGGAGGAAUAUAUCGCCUGUCUUCAGAAAAUCAAAUAUGGAUUUAAUCUGCUGGGCCAGCUGGAAAGCACACUGACCAGCCCCAGUGCUCCUGACUUUGUCCACAUCCUCUUCACUAGUCUAGGCAUGGUAGUGCCUCAGUAUCCUGCAGACCUGCCCCCUACUGUGCUCUCUCCCCUGCUGACAGAGUCGGCCAUGCGGCUGCUCAGUCGGGUCGUCAGCCCGGAGGAAGACCAGCUGUGGAGGUCUCUGGGAGACCCCUGGAACAUCCCCAGGUCUAGAUGGCCGGAUGCUGAUAUCUUACCUUACAUCCCUGACUUCUACGACGGCUGGCAGCCGCCUGCCCCCUCACGCAUGCCCUCCCCACACCCUCAGAACAAUGAUCCACUGAGCAGGAGCAACAGCCAGCGCUUCCCACCCGGCCGACCCAAUGGACAAAUAAAUGAGAGCCGGAGCUACUCACCCAGAGCAAUGCAGAUGCAGCCUGAAGAGCCUGUCACCAACAGUCCGUGGGGUCCACCACCACCACCACAGUUCAGCAAGCCUCCCCUGUACAUGCGGGUCAUUUACGACUUCAUGGCCAGAAACAACCAAGAGCUGAGUAUUAUGAAGGGUGACGUUGUCCAGGUGAUUCAGAAAUCCAAGCAAUGGUGGCUUGUUCGUAACGGCCGCGAUGAGGAAGGAAACGUUCCUCAGAAUGUUUUGGAGCCGAUGAAGAACGCUGGGCACACAGAAGAUCUACCGUGGGAGACACGCGGCCCAGUGACUCUCGACAUGUCCUCCUCAUCUGCUGAGGUGAAAGCCUGGCUGCAGUACAAAGGUUUCUCCAAAAUCACUGUGACCAGCCUCGGGGUGCUGACCGGGAAACUGCUCCUGGGGAUGAGCAAGGAUGAGAUAAGGACUGUGUGUCCGGAGGAAGGAGGCAAGGUCUUCUUCCAGCUUCAGGCCGUUAAGUCAGCCAUUGCACUCGCCAGUGAACCAUCAGGCCUGUACAACAGCCGCUACUAACGACCUACUUCACUGCACCUUCAGUUUCUCUUCUCGUCAAUUUUCACCCGCGAUCAACAUCUGGAAUUAUUGGGAUCGAAUUUUGUCCUUUUGUGUCAUAAAUCAUCUUGUGUGGAUGGCUACUUCCAGCAUGAAUGCAACUGCAUCAAAUACUGAUUUGUCAUUCAAGUCAAAGUACUUUUAGUGAAUGAAACUUGUAUGACCAGAAAUAAUUAAUAAUUAACUGUAAUUUAUUUUACUUACUAGAAAUUAGAAGAAUUACUUUGUAAGUUCUGUAUAGUUUCCCCAAUGAUAAAAUAAAAUGUAUGUUGACAUUUAAGUUCCAUCUAA